AGGGCAGAACGGCGCGCUAGUUGGCCCAGGCCGGGGGCCUGGCUGCGGAGGCUCCGGCGGGGGCUGCCCGUUUAGCAGGGGGACCGCUGGCACCGCUGCAGGUUCCUGCGAGCUGUGAAGUCACUGCGGAGCAGCCGCCCCAUGGGUAGCGGGGCGUGCCGGUCGGGACGCGUCUGAGUCAGCCGGGGAGCUGCGGAGAGUACCAGCAUCUGGCAGUCAGAGGCCUACGGAUACACAGAGCAUGGGGGUUGCAUCCUUGGCCAUCAUGGCUAAUAGCAUUGAUGGACCUAUCGUCCAGGAACUUAUGACCCAGCAGGACAUGAGCUCUCUGGUUUAUCCCAGCCUGGGCAUGAAGGACCGCAAAGCAGUGGCCAUCCUGCACUACCCUGGGGUGGGCAUGAACAUCAGCAAGGCCAGCACGGGACCCCACAUCACCAGUGCGGGCAUGAUGGCCCCCUCUGCAGCCCCCCCACCCUCAAAGCAGCCCUCCUUCGCUCUGCCAACGGCCCCUCACCUGCUGGCCAGCAUGCAGCUGCAGAAACUCAACAGCCAGUACCAUGCCAUGGGGGUCUCAGGGCACCCGGCGGAGGCUGGGUCCAUCCAGAGCUGGGGCUUUGGAGCUCAGCCCCUGAGCCAAGGGGCACUGGCUCCCCCUGCUGGCGCCCACAGUCCUGGCAUUAUUGAUUCUGAUCCAGUGGACGAGGAGGUGCUGAUGUCACUGGUGGUGGAACUGGGCCUGGAUAGAGCUAAUGAGCUCCCAGAGCUGUGGCUGGGCCAGAACGAGUUUGAUUUUGCUGCAGAUUUCCCUUCCAGCCGCUGAUGCCAGACUGACCUUGACCACAGGCAACCCUGGCAGAGGACUUAAACAGGACAGCUGCCAAGGGCUGGCUGGCAUGAUAGGCCUGUCCCUCCAGCCAACUGAGAGGCCUCUGGGCCUGGUUCCUACUACAGCUGAGUCCCCCUCUACAAGGCUGCACUUGUGCAGUUCAGGACAGUUCGGUGCAGCUGGAGAAACUGCAGAGUGGCUGGUACUCUGUGAGCUUCUCUGAGCUGUGUGACCUAGUGCCUGGUGGGGUUGCACCUUGCUGUGGAGGGCCAGCGUCUCCUGCUGGAUGGAUGGCUGAUGCUGGAGGGGAGAAUGGUGCCCUGGGGACUAAAUCCCAAACUGGUGCUGGAGAACAAGGCAGACUGCCAGGAGAAUGUAGCAGGGCGGAAGGUGAAAACAGGGAAUGGAGGCUCAUGCAAUAUGUACACGCCUGCUGUGUCCUGGGAAGGGCUGCCUCAACGGGUCUCUCAUGCAGCUCCCAGGGACCAAAGCUGUGUCUCCCAUCCCUGCAGGGGGCCAGUGACUCGCUUUACAGAGGAGACCGCCAGGGGCUAAGCACAGUACCUGCAUUGCUGGGGGUGCUGGGACAAGGUGGGGAGGGGCAGGGUCUAUUUCUGCAACAGCGUGGGGCUGAUCCUGUGUGGCUUUUCAGUAAAACCUGUAGAAGGAAUCGGCCUGCCCACAAGGCUGGGGCCUGGCUCCUGUCACCUGUUGUGCUGAUUUAUAGUUGGCCUUGGGGUUGCCAACUUUCUGAUUGCAGAAAAUCGAACAUGCUUGCCCUGCUCCCGUCCCACCCUUUCUCCAAGGCCCUGCCCCCUCUCCCUCCAUCUCCGCUUCCUCUGUUGCUAACUCUCAACCACCCUCCCUCGCUCAUUUUCACCAGA